AUGUUCGAUAAUCAACUUUCUAAAAUAGGAUUUCAAUUUACAACGACUGUUAUUUUGAAUUUCACGCUUAAAACUGUCGAUACCGUCCGUCUCCGACUCACACUUAUUACUAAUCCUUUUAUGAGAGGCCGUCUACAAAAGGGCACUAAUCUAAUGGAUUUAUUUGAAGAAGAAGCAAGAUGUAAUAAACAGAAACUAGUGCAAGUAUAUUUGCGUUUAAAACCGUGUACCAUCCCAAGCAAUUUAUACGAAGUUCGAGGUGAUAGAUAUUUGAUUACCUCUCUCGACACAACUGCAGCGGGCAAUGGACGAAAGACACAACGUCCUGUAUCCAAAAUGUACACUUUUUCACAUAUAUUUACUGAGGCUGUAUCUCAAACAGAAAUUUUUGACCAUGUAGUAAAGGAUAAUUUAAAAAAGUUGCCAGAAGGUCAAAGUUUUACAUUGCUUACUUAUGGCGCAUCAGGUUCUGGGAAAACAUUCACACUUAUGGGUAAUGUGGCAUCUCCAGGCUUAGUGCCAAGGUCGUUAGAAUAUUUAUUUAAUAAUGUAAAAGUCCAGAUGCAUCCAGUUUAUAAGCCAGCUGAAAAAGGCUUUGACUCUUUGAGUAAUUUCUCUCAAGAAUAUGAACUAUUGUUUGUGAAGAGAUUAAGAACAUCAUCUGCCUCAUUAAGAGAUAAAUAUAGAAGAAUGAGCUCUCAACUAAGAACAGACUUAAGUGGUAGUGCUUUAAACUUAUCAAAAUCAAAACAUUAUGUAUGGAUUUCCUUUAUUGAGAUAUACAAUGAAGGUAUUUAUGACCUACUUGCUGGGUCUCAUCAUAGAGCAGCAAAACUUGUCAUUCGGGAAGAUAAAAAGGGAAAUGUGUAUGUAGUGGGGGCCACGCAAGCCUUUGUCCGCUCUGGUGAAGAAGCAUAUGAUGUAAUGGUAGCUGGAAAACAUAAUUUACAAGUUGCAGCGACCGGUGUACACACACAAUCAUCACGCUCACACUGCAUUUUCACCAUUACUAUGCUUACUGAAGAUGAUGGCAGAAUCGUAACGUCAUGCGUACGUCUAUGCGACUUGGCGGGAACCGAGCGGGCGCGUCGUACGCGUAACACGGGCGCUCGUAUGAAGGAGUCACGUGCGAUUAACACCUCAUUGCACGUCCUGGAGAGAUGUCUGCACUCCCUUCGACGGAAGCAGGCCGUUGCUAACCGCGCUGUUGUACCUUAUCGUGAGUCAAAGUUAACUCGUCUCCUGGGCGCGGGUCUAUCGGGCACUCGCGGCGAAUCGGUCACGGUGGUUAUCACGCUUAACCCUUCACCCGAAUACGCUGACGAGACUAGACACGUGCUACAAUUGGCCGCUGUUGCUAAGGACUUACAAAUAAACAACACAGUUUCCGAUGACUUAAGCUCACGUGAGAGUAGCACUCAUGAUUUGAAUAACAGUGUAUGUGCCGAAUUAAUGAAGCUUCGUUCCUGUAAUGAAAGACUGAAUGUUGAAUUAUUGCAAAGUCAAAACUUUAUUAAAAAAAUGACAGCUUUGGUAGUCGAAAAAAAGGCAACAAAUGCAGCCACUACGCGAGAGUUAGUCGAUUUGGAAAAGGAGAGCAGUCGGCAGUUCUAUGAGCCUCAGAUAGAAGCGCUUAAGAGAGAGAUAAAGGAGUUGAGAGAAAAAUAUGAGGAAAUGAUAAGUGAUUUAAAAGAAAAAAUCGGGCCGAAAGGAAUCAAGAUUAAUCAACUUAUGACUGAAAUUGCUACACUAAAGGUAUUUACAAAGCAUAUUCAAACGAAAUUAUAUAAAAGUUUAAAAAUAAUUGGUAGGAACAAAUCAUUUGAGAAAUUAACGACCCGGGAGUUAGCGUGUGCAAGAGCAGAAGAAGAAAUUCAGUAUUUACGAGCAUGUAUUGAAGAGAGGGAUGGUAUUGAAGAUGUAUCAAACGAUUACAUGUCCAUAACUGAGUCCGAUAGUGAUGAGGAACAAUACGAAUUGUGCAAUGAAAGUCUCGAACCGACAUUUAAAAAAGAAGAUAUUAAAAGAACUAGAUUACUUCGACAAAGUCUAGUAAUUGAUGAUAAUAAUGAAUCGGACAAUGUGUUGCGGAAUUGGAUGACACGUUAAAAGAUGAUAGUGUCGAAUCAAAUGAUAAUGUUAUGUAAUAUCUCAAAUAUCUCCCGAUUUCUCAUGAUUUGUAUAAUGAAUAAUGCAAUUUGGCCCUUGUCAGUUUUAAAUUGGGUAACAAAGGCUCUUUCAGUUUUAAUAAAGAUAAUGUAAUUCCUGAGAAAACAGAACAGAAACGAUUCGUUAGUUCAGUUCGAACAAUUCGAAUUGGAAUUAAAAAAUUGUAAUCGUCCAAAAUCGUUGUCGCCAUGAAUUUGGUAAAAAUUUAUCCAGUAAUACUAAAGGUUUCUUUUAUGAUAGUGAAACACAUUCUGAACUGGUCAAAAUUAAUAUAGAUGAUGGGAGGUCACCGUCUAUUGUUCAAGAUGACGUGAAUGAUAAUUAUGAGCCCAGUAUGAUUAAGCUAAAAGCUUUUGAAAAAGAAAUUUGUUGCACUACAUGAAAACCUGAGAAUUUCAAUGCAGACCAAGAUACACUUAAAGGGAACGAAGAAACCGAAUUCAAGGAAAGUUUCGACUCGUGUUUCUCACGUUGGGGAAGCAAAUGAUAGUAAAAAAGAAAAUAUUGUUAUCGAAACAACAGACGAAAAGGAAUUAGAAGAUCAAAAAUCCCUUUCACUGUUAAUCGAAACAAGUCGUGAACUGAGUACCGUUGUUUCUCACGUUGGGGAAGUUAUAG